AUGGUCGAACCCUGGCUCCAGCUGCAAGCCCAGCACACCGCCCACGCCCAGACCGCCGCCGCCAUCGAGUCGACGCGCAACGCCUGGUCCCAGCACCACGAGAACCAUGAUGCGCGCGUCCGCUACACGGCCACCUACGACGACCUUGUCGAGUCGCUGCGCAAACGCUACGCCGAGCCUGCGCCCGACUCAUGGCUCGCCGCCUCGACCCCGUCCCAGGACCAGAACCAGAACCAGGACCAGAACCAGGACCAGGACCCAGACUCGUUCCCCGCGGCGCUCGACGCCCUCUUCGCCCGUCUCAAGGCCCGCGAUGCCGAGGCCGCCGACAUUGAGGCCAUGAUCGCCCGCGAAAAGGCCCGCUGGUACCGCCGCACCCUGCGCGACGCCGCCGCCGGCACCCAAGCCGAACGCCUCAUGGGCCGCCAGGCGUAUCUGUCCGCGCUCGAGGGCCACGCAGACGAGGGCCACGCCGCCAACGGCACCACCACGGAGGCCGGCGCUGCACCCACGAACAGCAGCAGCACCACCAGCACCACCACCACCAAAGCUGCCACCACCUACGACUGGGCCGCCGGCGCCCACGCCAUCCACCGCGCCCUCACCUCGCAGGCCGCCACCGCCCCCUCCGUCGACGACGUCCUCGCCAAGCUCGCCACCGCCGGCCCCGACGCCGCCCCGCGCGCCGAGGCCUACAUCGACCUCUUCCUUCGCGACCCAGCAACAGGCGCCCUGCCCGCCUCGUGCGCCGCCGCCGCCGCCAGCCUGCGCGCCGGCACGCCCCUCGACGUCGUCUUCGCGCGCCUCGCCGCCGACGCCGCCGCCAGUACCCGCACCGGAAUCGCAGUUCCGUGUCCAAGGUUGACCAAACAUGAGUAUGUUCUCCGAGCUGCGCCGUGA